AUUUCGUCACUUCCUUUUUACGUCCACAUGUGAUCGGGAGAACAUCAGACAGAAUGGCUCAUUACAAUUUUAAGAAAAUAACUGUUGUUCCUCCUGCAAAGGAUUUUGUGGACAUCGUCUUGUCGAAGACGCAGAGGAAAACUCCAACUGUCGUGCAUAAACAUUACAAAAUCAGCAGAAUUCGGACGUUUUAUAUGCGGAAAGUGAAGUAUACACAGCAAAAUUUUCAUGACAAGCUGACUCAAAUCAUAACAGAUUUUCCCAAACUUGAAGAUGUCCAUCCCUUUUAUGCGGAUUUAAUGAACGUACUGUAUGACAAAGAUCAUUACAAGCUUGCUUUGGGUCAGAUCAACACAGCCAGGCAUUUGAUUGACAAUGUUUCGAAAGAUUACUGCCGCCUACUCAAAUAUGGAGACUCGCUCUACAGGUGUAAACAACUUAAGAAAGCUGCCAUGGGAAGAAUGUGUACCAUUAUGAAACGUCAAAAGCAAAGUUUGGAGUAUCUGGAACAGGUGCGUCAACAUCUUUCCCGUCUGCCUUCAAUUGAUCCGAACACUCGUACCUUGUUGGUGUGUGGUUUCCCAAAUGUUGGGAAGUCCAGUUUCAUCAACAAGAUCACUCGAGCUGAUGUUGAAGUUCAGCCUUAUGCCUUUACUACCAAAUCAUUAUAUGUGGGUCAUACUGACUACAAGUAUCUCCGGUGGCAAGUGCUUGAUACACCAGGAAUUCUAGAUCAUUCUUUGGAAGAGAGAAAUACCAUUGAAAUGCAGGCUAUUACUGCACUGGCUCAUUUGCGAGCAGCUGUUUUGUAUGUCAUGGAUCUUUCUGAACAGUGUGGAUAUUCAAUUGAACAACAAAUUGAACUAUUUAAUAACAUAAAGCCUCUCUUUGUGAAUAAACCGCUGAUCAUUUGUACCAACAAGAUUGAUGUAGUCCGCAUAGAUGAUCUUCCAAAAGAAAAGGCAGAACUAAUGAAAGAAUUUGAAGAAAAUGAUAUACCAGUUCUACCCAUGAGCACAUUGACAGAGGAAGGAGUUAUGGAUGUCAAAAUACAAGCAUGUGAAAAAUUACUUCAAUACAGAAUUGACAGUAAAAUUAAGGGGAAAAAAGUCAAUGAUGUUAUGAAUCGACUGCAUGUUGCAAUGCCAGCUAAGCGUGACAACAAAGAAAGACCCCCCUGCAUCCCUGAAGCUAUAUUACAUAUGAAGAAAACCAUGGACACUGAUGUGAAACCCAAGCGUAAGCUUGAAAGAGACAUUGAAUUGGAAGAGGGAGAUGAUUAUGUUGUUGAUUUGAGAAAACACUGGGACCUCUCAAAUGAAGAGGAGAAAUAUGAUGUUAUCCCAGAGAUCUGGCAGGGACACAAUGUCGCAGACUUCAUCGAUCCCGACAUCAUGAAGAAAUUGGAUGAGUUAGAAAAGGAAGAAGAAAUGAGAGAACAAGCUGGUUACUAUGACAAUGAGAGUGAAGAAGAGGAUGAAGAGAUGAAAAACAUAAGGAAGACAGCCAGAAAAAUCAGAGAGAAAAGGAAAAUAAUUAUGCUGGAGUCCAGAGAAAAGAGAAGGAUAGAAAAACCUAGACUACCUAGAAUGAAAAUGAGUACAGAGAAAAUGAGUAAAGAGCUAGGGGACCUCGGAAUUGAAAUGGAUUCAGAGGAAGAUACUCACCUAAACCAAAUGCGAUCAAGAAGCAAGAGCAGGAAGGCUCUGAAACGAAAGAGGGAAGAAUCAAUGGAUGUAGACAAACCAAGGUCCAGGAGUCGAUCCAUGAGUAAAGCACCACGUGAUCAGUCAGGAGUUAGAGAUGCAAAGAUGGCCAAGAAGGUGAAAACUAUUGGCAGGAAAGCUCAAGUUCCUCGAAACCGUGAGGCCAAGAAAGGAGAGGGAGACCGUGUCAUAUUGAACAUGAAACCUAAACAUCUGUUUGCAGGAAAACGCAAGGGUGGAAAAACCGACAGGCGAUAAAUUAAUUUGAUUGAUAAACUGAAGUUCAGCAUUGUUCUUGAAUUCUUAACAUCAAGUUCUAGCAUUAUUGUGAAAUUAUUUACAGUAAUAUUAAAUUGUUAUGAGCCAUU